AGCCUUGUCUCCCCUGGGUCCGGCCAUGGCCUUGUCUCACCCUCAUAACAACCUGGGAAUUGGCUUCAACAAGUACACUUCGCUCAAGGCCGUGGACACGGCGACGAGAGACUACUACAAGAGCUACCCAAUGGUAGAUUACACCCACCGCCAGUCCCCUCCCACCUUCCAGCCAAUCAACUUCCACCCCAAGGACAAGCCCUUCCUCCCACCACCUGACAUCCACGCGCCAUUGGCCAUCACCAUCAACGCCUCCCAGAUCCCCAAGCCUAAGAUCUCCAAGACCAACACCCAUCCGCUCACAUCCAGCUCAGCCUUCAAAGCAUGGGACCCCAGUAAGAGUCACAUCCAGCACCCAGUGGCUUCCCACAUGGGCCUCCAGGGGCCGCAGCACCACCCCAUCCAGCAGCAGCAGCACCAGCCGCUGCACCAGCAGAACAGCCGGCGCCAGGUCUACUCCAACAAGAGGCAGUUCAGCAUCGAGACGCUGCCCGAGCUCUUCUCUCAGCCACUAGGCUAUGGCCACUCGCCACACAUGCACCCCAAGCACAAGGGACUGCCCACCAACAGCAAGACAGAGGUCACUGUCUGAACAUGUGGAUGAAGGGGUGAUGGACAGAAGAGGAAAUCAGCUGUAAGCAGCUGUAAAAUAAAAUGCUCAGAUAUCUUUUAUAUCCACAGCCAUAAUGGCGAGAAAGGAGCAAGCGAAUAUCGUGUAUAAUCUGAAUUUUUUUUUUUAACUCUGUAUUUUCCUCAUCAAUGUUGACAAAAGUAAUACCAAUGUGAGUGAUAUUUGUACACGUUUAAGACCACUGGAUCAAAAAGGCAGCAGCAGAUAAGCUGUGAAGGUGGUGCAUCGGCAGGUGUUGGCUGUGACUCUUUGAACCCGAUGGCUCUUCUAAAUAAUUGAGUGGCUCUCAGUGUGUUGGCACAGCUCCCUCCUUCUUCUCUCAGUCCCUUCACACCUCACUGAUAUUCUGCACUGGUCUGUAGAACCACUCCGCCACACUCAAAUGUUCAAAUCCCACCCACAGACACUAUUUACCCCACAAACUG